UGCCUCGCUCGGCCCACGGAGGUAGUGAGAUCUUGGGGACUCGCCGCCCGCGGACCACUGGCCCGAGCACGCAGGCGCACAGAGUCUCCCAGCUGCGUCCGGUCGGUGCCCGCGGGCCUCCACCAGUCCAUGGCGCGUGCCUCGCUGCUCGUCGCGUUCUCGCUGGUGGCGCUCGCAGCAGGCGCCGACGAGAGCUGCAGCAGCGGCGCGGAGGAGGCCGCCCUCCUGCAGACGGGGAACAGCCAGGGCAGGAGCAUCACGGCGCACGGUGCGCGUGCAGGGUCUUCGUGCGCCCCGCCGCUUCCCGGCAAGAACAACGGCGGCAGCAACAUGGGCAGCUCGCCGGGCUCCGGCUACGGAGGAGACGCGUCGAGCUGCGAGCAGCUCUGCGGCAGCACGGGCGGGUGCCAGGGGUGGACCUUCAUGCAGUCCAUCCAGACGUCCACGAAGCAGUGCUGGCUCAAGGAUGCGAACCUGUACUGCCCUGCCCAGGACAGCACCGACCCGUACAACACGUACACCUCCGGCUUCUGCAACGGCGCGUGCUCGAGCCCAGGCCCCACCCCGAGCCCCCCGAGUCCGGGGCCCGAGUGCGCCUCGCCGCUUCCCGGCAAGAACAACGGCGGCAGCAACAUGGGCAGCUCGCCGGGCUCCGGCUACGGAGGAGACGCGUCGGGCUGCGAGCAGCUCUGCGGCAGCACGGACGGGUGCCAGGGGUGGACCUUCAUCCAGUCCAUCCAGACGUCCACGAAGCAGUGCUGGCUCAAGGAUGCGAACCUGUACUGCCCUGCCCAGGACAACACCGACCAGUACAACACGUACACCUCCGGCUUCUGCCGCGGCGCGUGCCGGAGCAUCACGGCGCACGGUGCGCGUGCAGGGUCUUCGUGCGCCCCGCCGCUUCCCGGCAAGAACAACGGCGGCAGCAACAUGGGCAGCUCGCCGGGCUCCGGCUACGGAGGAGACGCGUCGAGCUGCGAGCAGCUCUGCGGCAGCACGGGCGGGUGCCAGGGGUGGACCUUCAUGCAGUCCACCCAGACGUCCACGAAGCAGUGCUGGCUCAAGGAUGCGAACCUGUACUGCCCUGCCCAGGACAGCACCGACCAGUACAACACGUACACCUCCGGCUUCUGCAACGGCGCGUGCUCGAGCCCAGGCCCCACCCCGAGCCCCCCGAGUCCGGGGUCCGAGUGCGCCUCGCCGCUUCCCGGCAAGAACAACGGCGGCAGCAACAUGGGCAGCUCGCCGGGCUCCGGCUACGGAGGAGACGCGUCGAGCUGCGAGCAGCUCUGCGGCAGCACGGACGGGUGCCAGGGGUGGACCUUCAUCCAGUCCACCCAGACGUCCACCAAGCAGUGCUGGCUCAAGGAUGCGAACCUGUACUGCCCUGCCCAGGACAACACCGACCAGUACAACACGUACACCUCCGGCUUCUGCCGCGGCGCGUGCCGGUGAGCACCGAGUCGUCGUGUGCGAUGGGCAUGCGGAAGGCUGUGAGCCGUCAGCCGUGGGACUCUUGUGCGCAAUUCGUCUUCUCUCUACCUCUCGCCGUCUGCUUCAAGUCCUACCACUCAUCCCUGUGGCUACGUAGCUUCUUCUGAACAGUCCUCGGGCACGUCGCUUUGAUUAGUUUAGGAAGCAGCUGUUCUUCUCCGUCUGCUUCAAGCCCUAUCGCCCAUCUCUUCUGGCUACGUAGCUUUUCUCGUGCAGUCCUCGUGCACGUCGUUUUGAUUAGUUUAGCAGUGCCGUGCGCUAGAACGUGGGCCCUUAGAGACCCUUGGGACAGCUCUCGCGCUAGCGGGCGGCCGAUCUGAGUAUUGCCAUUGGCAGCGCGGUUCAGAAAGACAGCGGCAUACCAUUCUCGUCGGUCUGUCUGCGCCCCCGCAUCGCGCCAACGCUGUGGUUCGAGUACCUGCGAGGGAUGUCUUGUGCGCAGCUCCAAUCGCGCAUCGCGUCCACUCGUUGCAAUUGCGGCCAUGAGUCGUGCGCGUUUCACUGCCGCCAUCAAGCGAAAUGCCAACGCAUGCUCGGACACGAGCAGUACAUCAGUAUCAGCUCGGACACGGAUUUUCUCUUUUUCGCUCAACCACACAUAUUUGAUGCCUGACAGUUCGGUCAGGCAUCUUUUUGCCACACCGCGCGCUUGGACGUCUGACGGUUUGGUCAGGCGUCCUCUUGAUUAUCUGCGGUCGGCCAUGUGGAAUGACCAUGACCGACCCUAGUACUCUGUGCUAUUCCUCGUCUUGCCUAGACACGCCUGCGAGUGCGAC